ACGAAGGCUUGUGAAGCUGAGAAGACAAAUUGCCCUCAUCAUUAUCUCCAGGCUUGUCAAUCAAACAUAUUCCCUUAUUUACCUCGGCGAGGAGAGAGCCCCGGGAGCACACGGAGAGGGAGGGAGCCAGAGGAGAGCUGCUUGUCCCAAACUCUGCACCGGGGAGGGAGCAUUUCUAGCCCCUCGGGAUGGCCACCAUCACCUGCAAUCGCUUCACCGAGGAGUAUCAGCUCUUUGAGGAACUGGGCAAGGGCGCUUUCUCCAUCGUCCGGAGAUGCGUGAAGGUGUUGGCAGGACAAGAGUAUGCAGCCAAGAUCAUCAACACCAAGAAGCUGUCUGCUCGAGAUCACCAGAAGCUGGAAAGAGAAGCCCGGAUCUGCCGCCUCCUGAAGCACCCCAACAUUGUGAGGCUCCACGACAGCAUCUCUGAGGAGGGCCACCACUACCUGAUAUUUGACCUGGUCACCGGUGGGGAGCUGUUUGAGGACAUUGUGGCCAGGGAGUACUACAGCGAAGCGGAUGCUAGCCACUGCAUCCAGCAGAUCCUGGAGGCUGUCCUGCACUGCCACCAGAUGGGAGUGGUCCACCGGGAUCUGAAGCCAGAGAACCUGCUGCUGGCUUCCAAGCUGAAGGGUGCUGCUGUCAAGCUGGCUGACUUUGGCCUUGCCAUCGAGGUGGAGGGGGACCAGCAAGCAUGGUUUGGUUUCGCUGGCACCCCAGGAUACCUCUCCCCUGAGGUGCUCCGGAAGGAUCCCUAUGGCAAAGCCGUGGACCUGUGGGCUUGUGGUGUCAUCCUCUACAUCCUGCUGGUGGGGUACCCACCCUUUUGGGAUGAAGACCAGCACCGACUCUACCAGCAGAUCAAAGCUGGGGCUUAUGAUUUCCCCUCCCCUGAGUGGGACACAGUCACUCCUGAAGCAAAAGAUCUCAUCAACAAGAUGCUGACCAUAAACCCUUCCAAGCGCAUCACAGCAGCGGAGGCGCUGAAGCACCCCUGGAUAUCGCACCGUGCCACCGUGGCAUCAUGCAUGCACAGGCAGGAGACUGUGGACUGUCUGAAGAAGUUCAAUGCCCGGAGGAAGCUGAAGGGAGCCAUCCUCACCACCAUGCUGGCCACCAGGAACUUCUCCGGAGGCAAAAGUGGUGGCAACAAGAAGAAUGACGGCGUGAAGGAAUCGUCGGAGAGCACCAACACCACCAUCGAGGAUGAAGACACCAAAGUACGGAAGCAGGAAAUCAUCAAAGUCACAGAGCAGCUGAUCGAAGCAAUCAGCAACGGCGACUUCGAGUCCUACACGAAGAUGUGUGACCCUGGGAUGACUGCCUUCGAGCCUGAGGCUCUGGGCAACCUCGUGGAAGGGCUGGAUUUCCACCGAUUCUACUUUGAAAACCUGUGGUCCCGGAACAGCAAGCCCGUGCACACGACGAUCCUGAACCCCCACAUCCACCUGAUGGGAGACGAGUCCGCCUGCAUCGCCUACAUCCGCAUCACGCAGUACGUGGACGCGGGAGGCAUCCCCCGCACCGCCCAGUCGGAGGAGACUCGCAUCUGGCACCGCCGGGACGGCAAAUGGCAGAUCGUCCACUUCCACAGAUCCGGCGCCCCCUCCGUUCUACCGCAGUAAGCCCUCUGAAGCGUGGUCCUGCCCGUGCUGGCUUUGUCACUGACUGACUACCAAGGGGAGACCCCCUCCGACAUCUUCACCUAUGGGACUUUGGCUGCUGGCUCUGCUGCUUGGUUCCCGCUGGAGUAACCCCUCGCUUCUCACCGCACACACGCAACAGCCCCACCGGCGCCCUGCAGGCAUCCCAUCGAGCCCCACCCCACCCCGCUGGGGCCGUGGUGCUGGGCCCCCUUCCUCUGCAUGAACCAAGACAAGAGAAUCCAUGAACCUAAACCCAAGCAUCUGGCUGGUGAGGCGACGUGUGCCAGGGUAAAGGCCUCCUCCUCGGCUGCAUGGCUUUGAUGGGACCCCCCCACGACCUGGCACAUCUUCUGAAUUGAGCUCGGACUCAUCAGCUGCCUUCAUCCCCACCUUUGCUGGGAGUCCCCCCCCGCCAAGGAAGAGGAGGGCAGGGGGGCAGUGUGUAGCUGCUCUGUGCCACAUUCUCUCUACGUGCCAGUGGAUUUUGCUUUGCUGCUAUCAAGGUCCCCAUCUGCUGCCGUGGCUCACUCCUGCUCCUAACCUGAGCUCCCAUUUCCCAGCAGCCUCAGCCAGGGAACUAUGAUUUAAACCUUUGCAAAGUCCAUUUCCCACCCCCCCCCCCCACACACCCCCCAGGCAAAGAGGGCAGUGUUCGGAGGGGUAAGUAAAGGCUCUCUGUUUAUUUUGCCUUCCCAGAAGUGUAGGCUGGCUCCUUCCCAGGGUUGGCCUCGGGAAGGGAUGCUCUCCAUCCCUCCCUUCUCCCCUCGGAGCAGGGACUGGUGAAGCUGGGAGAAGAGAGGAGAAGAAAGGCGAUUGCUUCCCAGCGCCACAUCGGCACAUCGGCCGGGAGCUGGGGCUCUCUCCCAGCCACGCCGUGUUGGUAGCAUCGCUCCCCGCAUCCUCCUCCCCUACCCAGGAUCCUUUCCCCCAGCGCCCGGCCCCACCGAGCCACCCUUCGCAUGCAUCACCCGGCGCUCCUCAGCCCAGGCUGGGAUGGGGGCAGACCAACUGGCCACCGAUUUGGGGUGCAAAGCUCCACCCUUCCAGCGACGACGAGGAAUGCAAGCUUCCUAAAGUAACCAAACUGCAGAAUCCUGAUUGUGCUUCGAAGACAACAAAGGAGCCCCUCGCUGGCUUCCACUCAGCGCAUGCCUUUUUCUAGGGAAAAGAAACCUCCCCCGUCCCUCCUCCCCCUUCCCCCCGUGUAUUUUGUACCUUCAUUUUGAGCAUUUUCCGAAAUGGAUCUUUCUGUCAUAACUAGAAGCAUUCAGCUGUGUAGGGCGGGGCGGGAGGGCAGCGGGGGAUUUGCAGGGCUUGCUGGUUUUCAUUGCGUUUACAUUUGGGAAGGGGCUGCACAGCCACGAUGCUACGAGCAGGGGUCCCUGCGGCUGCCAGCCCGCACUCCAAGCUGCAGCAGCUCGUCCCAGCCCGUCCCGCGGCACUGGGUGGGUGAAAGCAUCCACCCCACCCUGGGGCACUCACCUCCAGGGGCACCCAUCUCCCCGGGGCACCUUCUUGCACCCCACGGAUCUUCCUGCAGGGCAAUCCCAGGAGGCAGCUCUCGGGAAGCCAUCAGGAUGUGGCUUUCAGGACAUAAGACAUGGCCAGGAAGGUGACCUUUCGGUGUCACCUCUUUGCUGUCACUUAGAGGUCCGAGGGUGGGUGUUUUCUUCCUGGCAAUUCUUGUGCUUUCUCGUUCUCUCUCUCU